AUGUGGAACCAGUACGUUGUUUCCAAACCUGCUCUUCUCAAAAGGUUUAUAUCAAGUUUGGAUCAAGUUGACAAUAACAAUCAGGAACUGAUCCAAGAUGCCAUGGCAAUUAUUCGGUUUAACGAAUCGAUGGGCAAUAGCGAAAAGACAUUGUUCCUCUUCGAUAGAUGGCUCGUCAAAUGUCUACCCCUAUUCGAAACACACGCCGACAUUACCAAGCUGCAUCACCUUUUCGUGCGCACCAGCUUCUUUAUUGAGGACUACAUGACAAAAGCAACAUCUCCAUCCCCGACCGAAGCAUACCGCUCUCUGCCUAAUAUCACGUUCAUCGAUACAAUCAACAACAGAGUAACCCUUGACGACUUGACAUUGGCUGAGAAAUAUCGCCUCUUCAGAGCUUUCUUAAAGGUUGAGGUACUGGCUAAGAUCUACGAUCCGCGCCUGAAAGACUCGAUGGAUAAAGACUAUUACCGCGAAAAUGCCCAGGAUCUCCUGGAAAACCUCGAUUCAGGGGUCCAUGAAACCGUCCUUUGUGUCUAUGCUUAUGUGGAAGCUUCCUAUGGAUCCAUCUUUGCGCAACUAGGAAGUACAUGCGAUGCCAAAUCUGGUUCGGCCAACACAGCAAGAAUUAAACGGUUGCUGUUUCCCGACAACUUGUUCUUCUCUGCCGAUGUCCAAUUUGCAGAUAUAUACCUACCAGGGGAUUGCCCAUCUCUCUCGCGGUGGUUAUCAUGCCAUGGGCUGGAUCUCCUUUCUCAUGCACUCACGCAAACACGUCAAACCCUUGAAAGUCGUGAGCACCUUCGCAGCUGGUUAUACUCUAUCUCAAUCGAACUUUUUAGCCCAAGCCAAAGUUUCUACGGCUUUGAUGAUGAAGAUGUGUUCACCCAUCAGCCUUUUCGCUUGUCACAGCUCUUUGCACAUCACAUUUUUGCACAUGCAGACAUAUCACUUGCCUGCCAUUUUAGUCGUACUAACAGCACGCAUGAUAUAGAGUUCGGCCCCCAAUGCUGUUUCAGAUCUACCGGCAGCGAGCAUGGAUAUUUUGCGACAACUGGAGAUUAUACUCGGUAA